AUGUUGCAGGGCUUCGCCGGACAAGCUUCCCGCUCUAAGCCGGUGAUCUGGCUGCGCUUGCGGAACCGUGCGUCACCGGCUUUUCUGCACCCACCUUCGAUGGCCGCGACCACAAGCAUGGCUCGACGGCGGCUCACGGGGCACUCGCCGCAGGAGGGUCUUUCGUUUGGCAUGGUUGCUGACAUGUCCCUGGCACGCCUCGCGGAGCUCAGCACCCAGGGCGCCGAGACCCCAGAGAGCGCUGCAGCUCAUUAUGGUGUCGAGCACUGCCACGAAUCCAUCGCACAGGAGCCUGUCAACCUCACGCGUGCGCUCGCAUCCAUGGAGCAUUCGACAGAGGGCAUGAGAGAGUCUGCUGGUGCCGGCGUGCGCAAGAUUGAAAGCCGACUCUUGACAUGCAUCGCGCGCCCCGACCGCACACCUGUAAUUACCCAUCUGUUUCUUGCCGUGAAAGCCUCGUCCUUGCCAUGGCAGCGCCGCCUGCAAGAGGGGAGGCGGUGA